AUGCGGGCUAACCGCUUGCUCUCCCAGACUGUAUUGCGUCAUACGCCGCUGCGCUGUCUUAGCUACAGAGGACCGGCUCCGCAUGUUGGUGGUCAGGACAAUUCGAGCUUCGUUACGUUGCUGGGACUGGCUGGAGUUAUCGGAGCCGUCGCGUACGUGUACUAUGACCCGGAUGUGCUGCCAGCGGGUGUGAAGAAGUUGCUGCGGAUCCAGGAGCCCGCGGGUCGUGCUAUGAGUCCGGAGGAGUACGAGCAGUGGCGUGCUAAGCAGUCGGGUUUCCCGACAGUUGGAACGCUGAAAGAGAAGGAGGACGAAGCGGCCAAGCCUGAGCGCUCGAAGGAUGAGGAGGACGUCGAGCCGCCCAGCGUGGAUGAUGGUAUUUCCAUUCUGCAUCGAGACGUGUCUCCAGAGGAGAUGAAGACGUCGCUCGAGAAGCUACUGGCUGAAGCAAGAGCGAACGAAGCCGCGUUUCUCGCCGAUGUUCGGUCAAACCGGGGCCAGAUGUCUGUGGAAGAUCGCCAAAUGCUGGAAGCUUUUAAGGAUGAAAAGGAUCGGUUGAAGAAGCAGCUGAAGUUCCUGAAGUCGAAUAAGUAA